AAGGCAUGUCAAUAUUUAUUUAAAAAUAAUCAACAUUUACUGCUUGUUUAAAAACUGAAAAUCAUUAAGAAAAUAAUGUUUAAUUGCAAUUUCUGUUCAGAAGACAUACCUCCAGGAAAUAAAAUUGAACUGAAUGAUCCUGAAAUAGUCCUCAUGCUAAAUUUGAUCAAAAUAGAUCCACAAAGUUUGGCUAUAAAUGAACACAGUUUUUCGUGUCCUAAAUGUAUAAACUGUAUCAAAGCUGCUCAUAACUUCAUUAUCCUCUGUACUAAAACAGAAAUAAAAUUGAGGAACUGUAUAUCUCAAAAUCAAUGUCCCAAAAAUGUUCAUCUGGAUCUGAAGAAAAUGGUAGAAACAAAAGACAGUGCCCCAAAAUCUUUAUCUAAUAUAUGCAGAAUUUGCUUGAGGAGCAUUACACACUAUUUUCUUAUCAAAGAAAGGUGUUAUGGGAUGCCAUACCCAAUUGAAAAGAUGUUGACUACUUGUUUUUCUUCGAUUAAUUUAUCUGUCACCAAAGAACCAAUAAUAUGUCUGAACUGUCUCAACUUGUUAAUCACAUCAUAUACUUUUUAUGAAAAAAAUAAAUUGUUGAUGAGUGAAUCCAAGAAUCCUUUUACCCAAAAUGAAAUAAUUACUGAAGUUGAUGUGUCUGGAACUAAUGUGGAUAAAGAAUUAUCUGGGAAUGAUCUGCAAAACUCCCAAGAGAUUAUGUUACCCGAUGUUGUAUAUGUCAAACAAGAACCUGUUUCUUUAGAUAUGAAUGAGGAAGUCAAAAUAGAAGAUAACUCAGAACUCUUAGUGAAUGUUGAUGGUGUUAGUAAACCACAAAGACCAGUUUCUAAACGGUAUUUUUGUCAGACUUGUUCAUAUACAACAAAGAGAAAAGCUUGCUUGAUCAAGCACAAGAUUGUUCAUUUUCCAGAUUAUAAAAAACCAAUAUUUAAAUGCACCGAGUGUGGGUACACAGUCAAAAGUCAAAAAUACUUAGAUCGACAUAUGUUAUUACAUGCUAAGGGUAUGGAUUUUAAGAAGUUCAAAUGUGAAUUAUGCCCAUUCAGAACCAAGAAAAGAAGCAAACUGGAUCGACAUUUAACUGUGCACAAAGAUGAAAGAGAAACAAUGAUGUAUAAAUGUUCAAAAUGUAUGUUCAUUACAAAAUGGAAGGGAUAUUUAACUCAACAUGAAUUGACACACAAUGAAACUGAGGAAAAGAAAUUCAAAUGUGAACAGUGUGAUUUCAGUACAAAUUGGAGGGGUAGUCUUCUUCAACACAAAGUGGUUCAUUUAUCAGGGGAUGAUGCCUUCAAAUUUAAUUGUGAUCAGUGUCCUUUCAAAACAAAAAGAAAAGAUAACUUAUCUAAACAUAUGAUACGACACAUGAAAGAGGAAGAUGUGAGAAUAUUCUACUGCUCAGAAUGCCCUUUUACCAGUAAAUUCAGUAGCAAACUCUCCAGGCAUAUGUAUGUACAUAAACAAGGAGAUGAACUCACAACAUAUAGCUGUACAGAUUGCGAUUUCCAAACUAGGUGGAAAAAUAACCUACAACAACACAUGAGAGUUCAUCAAGACGCUUCUGAAAUUCCCCUAUUCAAAUGUAAAGAUUGUCCCUUCACCACAAAAUGGAAAACAUGUUUGACAGAACACGAAGUGAUGCACAAAACCGGAGACGAUUCCAAAGAAUUCAAAUGUACCGAAUGUAGUUUUACGACUAAAUGGAAAAAGAGUCUCAAUAUGCACUUACUGACACAUACUACAGAUGAGAGUAUCAAAAAAUUCAAAUGUGUCAUGUGUGAAUAUAAAACCUAUCGGUCUCAUCACCUAAAAAGACAUAUGCAAGUACAUUAUAAAUAGUAGGUAACAACAAAUAUUUUAAUUCAAAUAUAGUACAUAUAGUCCAUUCAAGAAUAUUAUUGACAUCUCAGUAGGCCUCGAAAGUUCAAACGCUGCAAUUCGACCAAAUCUCUUAUAAUUUCUGCAAUUUCAGACACAGAACUGAAAUAUAAUCUAGAAAAGUAUUUGAACUGAAUCAGCAUUGAUCAAUUUAUUCGAUUAAAUUAAGAAUAUAGAAAAAAUUCAAAAUACAUAUGUUUGUUUAGUGCAUGAACUUAUAUGUAGGUUGUGUAUGGGUCAGUGUUCAACCUGAAUUCAAAAAUGUGUGUGAAGUUAGCUCAACACUUUAAGAUUUUUGGAAAAAAAAAAUUGUGCGGAAUUGUGCUAAGUUUGUGCUACUUUGUACUACUGUUGACAUUUUUUUUUCAAUUCCAUACAGUUCUCAAGAUAUUCCACAAAAUGUAUGGAAUGGACCAGCCUAGCACUUUCAGAAAAAAAUGGGUUUUUUAUGGCUGAAACAGGUUUUGCUAUACAUCUACUGAGUUGUGCCAUUCGAAUUUUUGGGAAAUUUCCUCUUACUUCCCCAAAAAUCGAAAAUAAAGAAAAAAAUUGGCCCAACACUUUUGCUUUUGGUUCCUAAAAAUGAGUAGAAUAAUUUGUGCUGACUUGUGCCUUAAAUACGUUCUCGAAAAUUUGUCGAAUUUUCCGAGAAUUCCCAAAUUUAAAAAAAAGGUAGCCCAGCACUUUCGCUUUUUUUUAACGAAAACAUAUGGAAAAAAUUGUGCUAUAGGUAUACUAACUUGUGUUUUUUGUUGGAUUUUCUCUUAAUUUUCGAUUUUUCGGGAAAUAAGAGGAAAUUUCGCAAAAAUUCGAACAGCACAACUCAGUACAUGUAUAGCACUAUGUGUUUCAGGCAUAAAAAUCAUUUUUCUCUAAAAGUGCUGGGCUGACCCAUUCCAUACAUUUUGUGGAAUAUCUUGAGAACCGUAUGGAAUUGAGAAAAAAUGUCAGCGGCACAAAAUAGCACGAACCUAGCACAAUUCAAAACAAUUUUUUUUUCCAUAAAGCGAAAAGUGCUGGACCAACGUCCACACGUAACUCAAAAUCCUACUUUAUAGGCUAUUUUCAACACAGCCGCACGAGUUGUCAAUAUUCUUGAUUGGAAUGUACGUUAGUCCAGUGUUCAUAAGAAGUUUCAAAUGAGUAUUUCAACCAGAUUAUAUUUUAUGUUAUGACUGUAUUUAAUUUUUUUUUAGAAAAAUAAAAUUGUUUUAUGUUGUAUGGGUGUAGACUGAUGAAAGUUUAUUGAUUUUUCAAUGUUGAAGUUGUGAUUAAAAUAAGUGUAACCUUGUGA